AUGACUGGUGUGCUGUUGCUAUGUGGCUUGGUGUUUCUCUUGCCCACGGAAUCCUGCAGGACCCUUUACCAGGCUGCCAGCAGAAGCAAGGAGAAAGUGUCUUCUGGGCCAUCUGCUGUAUGUGAUGGUGUCUGUGUGGACAGUUCACACUGCAGUCAACCCUGCCCUCCUGACACUCAGGGAAAUAUGGGAUUUUUAUGCAGGCAAAAGCAGUGGCACAAGACUACUGACACCUGCAGAACUCUCAACACCUUCAAUAUCUUUGAGGACACAGAAGCAAAUUCGGUCCAACCAUUUAAAGAAAAUGUUAAAAUUCAUGAAUAUGCUGCAAAGCAAGAGACCAUUACUGAGAAGUUGUUGCGGAGGUGUCCGAAGGAUCUGUCCUGUGUCCUCAGGAAGAUCCAGGAGUCUCCCAGGAUGCCGGGAAACAUCGCUGUCAUUGUGGACCUCUUACACAACAUCUCUACCUCAGUUGCCUUCCGGGGAGGUGUUGAUAAGGCAAAGAUGCAGAGUUACAGUGCCAUGGCCAACCACAUUCUUAACAGCAAAAGCAUCUCCAAUUGGACCUUCAUUCCUGACCAAAACAGCAGCAAUGUCUUGUUACAUUCAGUCAAUUCCUUUGCCAGGAAUUUACUUGUGAAAAAACAUCCCAUUGAUAUAUUGGAUGCCUUCAUUCACACUCUGGGCACAACCAUAUCUGGAGAGAACAAUGGAAAGAAUUUGACUUUUUCAAUGAGAGUGAAUGACACUGACCACAACGUCACGGGGAGGGUGAUGAUCAGCCGAGAUGAACUUCAGAAGUUGCCUUCCCCAUCUCAGGUGGUCAGCAUUGCGUUUCCCACCCUGGGGGCCAUCUUGGAAGCCAGUCUUCUGGAAAACAACACCGUGAAUGGACUUGUCUUGUCUGUCAUUUUGCCCAAGGAACUUCAAAUGAUCUCCCUGAGCUUUGAAAAGAUCAGUAAGUCUGAGGAAAGGAGGACACAGUGUGUUGGCUGGCACUCCUUGGAGAGCAGAUGGGACCGGCAGGCCUGCAUGAUGAUUCAAGAAAACUCCCAGCACGCUGUUUGCAAAUGUAGGCCAAGCAAUUUGUUUACCUCUUUCUCAAUUCUUAUGUCACCCCACAUCUUGGAGAGCCCAAUCUUGACGUACAUAACCUACAUAGGGCUGGGCAUUUCUAUUUGCAGCUUGAUCCUUUGCUUGUCCAUUGAGGCCUUGGUCUGGAGCCAGGUGACGAAGACAGAGAUUUCCUAUUUACGCCACCUGUGCAUUGCUAAUGUGGCAGCCACCCUCCUGAUGGCUGAUGUGUGGUUUGUCGUGGCUUCUUUUCUUAGUGGCCCGGUGGCACACCACAAUGCCUGUGUGGCGGCAACAUUUUUCGUUCACUUCUUUUACCUUGCUGUGUUUUUCUGGAUGCUUGCCAAGGCGCUCCUGAUCCUCUAUGGAAUCUUGAUUGUUUUCCACACGCUGCCCAAGUCAGUCUUAGUGGCAUCUCUCUUUUCUGUGGGCUACGGGUGCCCUUUGAUCAUUGCUGUGAUCACAGUUGCAGUCACGGAACCUGGCAAAGGCUACCUGCGGCCUGAGGCCUGUUGGCUCAAUUGGGACAUGACCAAGGCCCUCCUGGCCUUUGUAGUCCCUGCUCUGGCCAUUGUGGUCGUCAACCUCAUCACAGUCACACUGGUGAUUGUCAAGACACAGCGAGCUGCCAUUGGCAGCUCCAUGUUCCAUGAAGUGAGAGCCAUUGUGCGAAUCAGUAAGAACAUCGCCAUCCUUACGCCUCUUCUAGGAUUGACCUGGGGAUUCGGAAUAGCCACCGUUGUCAAUGAUCGCUCCCUGACCUUCCAUAUUAUCUUCUCUUUGCUCAAUGCAUUUCAGGGGUUCUUCAUUUUGGUGUUUGGAACAAUCCUGGACCCAAAGAUAAGAGAAGCCUUAAAGGGACGAAUAACCUCUGCGAAAUGGAUCUCCAGAAUGUCAGAGAAUGUCUCAUCUGACUUCUCCUGCCACCCCACCAAAGGGCCGAGCUAACAAAGCAACUGUCUCUCGAUCCAGGGAGGUCAUACAUUCCAGGGAUGGCAGAGCCCUCAGGAGGAAUGUGCUUGUUCCUGUCUUCUGGCCUCUGGGA